ACAAAAGUCCUACGGCAUCACCAAAAUAAAGAAAGAGAGAAUCUGAGAACUAAAAAAUGGCGAUGAUGAACAAAUGCAGAAAACUAAUCCAAAUCUCUGUAAAAACUCCCAGCAACAACAUCAUCAACAAAAACGGUAUGUCCUUCAAUUUUCAGGAAAGAUUCCUACACGAAGGUCCAGAUACAGUAGAAGAGUUAUUAGAUAGACAUGUAGUAAAGAAAGUGAAAAACAAUUAUGCUAGUGAUGAUGAACUAGAAUCUAUAUCAAGACAACGUGUUACAAGUAUGAAAAGAGAGGCUCUAAGUUUAUACAGAGAUAUUAUCAGAGCAACAAGAUUUUUCGCUUGGGUUGAUAAGAAAGGUGUAUUAUGGAGAGAUGUACUUAGAGAAAAUGCUAGAAAAGAAUUUGAAGAAUCUCGUUUUGAAAAUGAUCCUGAAAUUAUUACUAAGUUGUUGAUUGGUGGUCGAGAUGCUGUUGAAUCUGCUCUUGAGAAGCUUGCUGAGAAACAAAGACAAGAGGUUUUGAAGCAGGAACAAAAUCAGAAUAAUUAUAAUAAUCGUGAUAGAUAAAUUUUGAUAAUACAAUUGGGGUUUCAGUUGAGGAUUGAAGGCUUGAGCAAUCGUGAUCUUCAAGGAUAAAUUAAGAACUGAAGCUCGUUUUGAGAGGUAAUGGUUUUCCUCUUCUUCUUUUUCCUUUCAGAUUUCUGUAAAAUGUUUUUGUUAAAGAUAUUAUGUAAUGUUGUUCAAUGAUAUAUCAUAAUUCAAUGAAAUUAGGUUUUUUUGUUACA